AUGGGGUACAUCAUGGCAGGUCUGCCCAGCAGGGUGGGUCAUCUGUCGCACUUGAAGCGACAAUACAAACUACGACAGCCGUUCUAUGUUGAGAAGAAAGCUAGGAAAAGAGCAGCACAUACCAAGCACCAUAGAAGACACAGACGUAAGAUGACGUUGGAGGAUCUACCGGUUGAAGUAAUACGGCGGAUUUUUGUGCAUACGUGUGGAGAACCUGCGAUGACUAUGGUAAAUAAGCACUUCCACCGAUCAUUAGAGACCAGUAACAUCCUAUUAGAGAAAGUGUUCUGGGAGAGGUAUACCUGGGAGGACGAAAGACACAUUUUAGUUACUGAGCAGUCAGAUGGAAACCAUGAAUUGUGGCGGACACAGCAGUUUCUUGUAAACAGGUCUCUUUUCAAGAAUAUGAUUAUGGUUAAUUACAUGCUGCACAAUUAUGAAUCGUUGGAGCGUAAAAUAGCAUACUUUGUAGACGAUCAUAUGAUGGAGUAUUUACAGGAAAACGAGUUACUUGAUGUGAAAGAGAUCAGAGAUAUGCAUAUGAGGUUUUCCCACAGAGAGAAGUUUCUGGCAAACGAUAUAGAUACUAUUGAUGAGCCAUAUGCAACGGAGACCAAGCAACAGAUAGGCUACAGAACAGACUUCCCUCCAAUAUUCUACUCCCAGUAUAAACUGUACUUCGAGAAGCAUGCGAUUUAUUCGAUGAAGAAGAUGCGUAAGCAUUUCUAUAUAAAGCGGCCUUACGACUUAAUAACAUCCAUUAUCCCCUGGUUCUUCCAGAUAGAUGACUACCACAGUAAUUGGAAAUCGCUAAUGAAGGCAGUGCGGACCAUUAUGUGCCUUUCGAAUAAUGAUAUCACACUGAAAGACGAAAUCGCGAUGAAUUCACCGCUACCACUGGUUUACCUAAUCACUGAAAUAACGCAUGCGUCUGAACUUGAGAAGAGAGACUUAAAACGCAUCAAACAGUUCAUCACAAAGUUCUACAAAGAUCAGGAGAUGCUCAGUAACCCAGAGCUCUGGUCUCACAUAAGAGAUACUGCCAACAAAGACUUGACAGCAUUGAUCAUCAGCAUGGGAGGGCAGCCGGACCUGACCUUCUUCACCUAG